UAUCGCUGGCUUGCCGGUCGGAGCUCAUUUUUCACGGACUGCCGAUUUUCCCGGCAACUGAAGCGUGCCCGACGCGGCAUCCGCGGCGUCCGGUCGGUUUGUCGUCGAGGAAUCAACGGUGGAUCAGUUAGUUCACGGUUGCUCGUUGCACCGUUCAUUCUAUCUUUCUACACUGUUUGUACUUGGUGCGCAGUACCUGCGUGCCCCUGUCAAAAAUUAAUCAAAAAUCCCGUAUACAUACGGAGUAAAACAUAUAGAAUAAGAAAAGAGCAACACGGCUAAUAGAAGAGAUAUGCUGUGACGAGCCAUAAAGCUCGUCUCUCGUGAAUCGCCACAUCGCCAAACAAAAAAAUAAGUGUCUAUCUAUUCGGAUGAUUCGAGAAAACAUUUCUUGGAUACUGCGUCUGGACAAACAGCCAAUGCGUGAUGAUGCCAUGACGAUAAAAUAAUAUCUUCGAGGAGCAAGAUCGUGGACGAAACCGCGAGUAGAUUCUGUCAGUCGUCAAGCCCGUUCUUCAUGAACGCGGGAAAAGAUGCUAUCGAGAGUUAAUCUGAUUGCGAUUUUGCUGACCUUGAAUUGUGUCAGCCGCGCGAUGGAGUACUCGAGAUCGUUGCAGGAGAAGCGGCAAGAGGAAGAGGAGAAAGCCGUCACUUCCAGCAGGAAGAUUCUCAGGUAUACGUACAACAAUGUCACGUUUGAAAGGCCUAUUUUUUCAACCGGUGAUCGCGUCGCCAGAGACACGCUGGCCGAGAUGCACGUUCAGGACAUUCAUAGUGCACAGCCUACGAGCAGAGUGGAGGCGCGAGAUCAAGCACGUAGACGGAGAACGGGCCACCAUCGUACAAUGUUGGCGUUAUUAAUAGCGUACAAGCUCAAAUUUAUUGCCCUGAUACCAGCAAUACUCGGUGGUCUGUUCCUUCUCAAAGGAACGACGCUUCUUGCAGGAUUUUUCUUCGCUCUAUUCGCCGCAGUUUUAGGAUUGAAAGUACACUGACAGCAAAGUUCGAUGUUUGGAGAAUUUCUGGGAAGGACGCGCAUCAAGAAUGCAUAAAGUGGAAAUAACAUAUGACUUUAUUUCGUAAUAAUUUACAGUCAGGUAAAACUUGUGUAAUUAAUCGAUAUUUGUUUGAGAAUAUUGAACGCCUGUGUACACAAAGUAACACUCAAGGCCGAAUUUAUAAUCGCUUCUCGGGGGUCAAACGUAUACAUGUCGUAUACAUCUCGUAGAAUGCGUCGCAUCGCCAAGUAUGUACUUAUAAACAUGAUAUAUUAAGCCAAAAUUAUUUUCCGACGUUCUAGACACCAUAAGAGUGGAAAAACGCUACGCAAAAUGAUACCGCAUCUACUAUGAUAAUUACGAAAUAAGCAUGUUAAGUCUUCUAAAAUGUUACAUAUAUAUAUGCGUUAUUAUUAUGUAAUAAAUAUUAACAGAGAAUUAAAUUAGUAUAUAUCUUAUUCGCUACAUUUUAAUAUUCAAGUGUUUUAAUCGUCACACUUACUCUACUGAACACACGGUUUUAGUAACGUCGAUAAAGAUAUUUGUGUAUAUAUAUAUAAGUACUUGUCUCAAGCUACACAUUCCAAAAACUCUCUCCCUAAGGUUAUUUUAUAAGUCUAAAAUAAAUAUUUUGCCUUCUACAUGUGUGUAUGUGUGUGUGUGUGUGUGUGUGUGUGUGUGUGUGUGUAAUAGUACUAUAAAUAAAUAUAAAUAUUACAAGUGCUGAGAAACGAUUCCAAAUUCGGCUAAUAAAUAACGAUGAAGUCUAUCAUCUUUUUGCUCGACUUCAAGAUUGAUCGCGUUACGAUUGUCAAUACGAAAAUCUCUAAACCGUCACCGUUAGAAGUUCGCGUGCGUGAAGAUUACUCUCUCGCUAUCAUUUCGCUAGAUUAUUUGCCGAUGUAGUGGAAAUACAAACACUUGCCGUUACAACUCCUUUUGCUUUAUGUUUGCUCGACGUAGCUAUUUAUAUUCCAGCUGUGGUUCACGCAUUUUCCGCUUUUUACAGAAGAUUUUUUAUAUUAUUUCAUUAUAUCCGGCAUAUUACAUUAUGACAUAACCGUUAAUUUAAAAAGCGAAAAAUUACGGGAUAAUUAUUUUCAUAUCAAUAAUUAUUCAAAAAGUGAUUAGACUUCUAAAAAAGAGUUACACGAUUGAGACAGUUCGCGCUUAUUAGAGUUUUCUUUUUUACUUUUAGUAUUUUUAAGAUUUUUAUCUUAUUUUUCCU